AUGGGAAACUCCUCAUCUAAAUCCCCUAGCGCGUCGUACAUCUCUAACCCCGGCCCUCUCAAAGGUCUAGAUGACAAGAGCUCGGAAGGCGUCCAUCGCCGCGCCACCGCGCACGCGUCGAGCCACCCAGCUCUAUCUCUUCAAGUGCCUUCUAGCGGGACACAUCGACGCAGCCGGUCCGCAAUUGUACAAGGAGUCCGUCCGGGAUCACAGGCCCCGCCACCGUCGUACCAGGAAGCCCUGAGCAAUCCAGUGAACUCACCCGUCGACAGCAACCUCCUGAAUAUUCCGACGCCUCAAAACCACCAUCGCUCGCACUCGCAGGACGCGAGGAGGAGCAGAAACCCGUUCAUUCAGCGACCCGUGAGCUAUAACGGCGCUGCGCAAGGCAGCCUCGCGGGUGGCAACCUCUCCUCGAGUAGCUCGGAUUCUCCUGCUGUCUCUUGGAGCAUUUCUGUGCCGGCUCCCUCGAGGUCCGCAUCUAGUGCUGCGCCAAAGUGGACGACGGACGAGGAGCGACUGGCAUACCUGCGCAGACCCCUCCGCCAGGAGAGCUUCGAGGACGCGCUUGAGAUUUUGAGGAAGUAUGAUACCGUGAUCGUGGUUGACGAUUCGUCUUCGAUGACGAAAGAUGAUCGGUGGAGCGAGGCAAGGAGCGCCCUCGCCGCCCUCGCCGAGGCCGCGGCCACCUACGACGCGGACGGAAUUGACGUCUGCUUCCUGAACAGCCAAAAGGAGGGGAAGAGGAUGAAGAGCGCGGCACAGGUUCAGCGAUUGUUCAACAGUGUAUCCCCGCGAGGUCUCACACCGAUAGGCGAUAAGCUCGAUAGACUUCUAAGAGGGUACAUCAAUGAGCUGGAGAAUGCCAAAAGGGCAGGACGUGAAGACUCUGUGAAGCCCAUCAAUUACAUCGUUCUAACGGAUGGUGCAGCAACUGAUGACCCUGCGGAGGUGAUAGUCAAUGCGGCGCGCAGGCUGGACAAUGGUGGUUACCUGCUGAGCCAGCUUGGUAUCCAGUUCGUUCAGAUUGGCACUGAUAAGAACGCAACGCAGUUCUUGAGGCAAUUAGACGACGAUAUCGCAGGUCUACAAGGCGUGCGCGAUAUUGUUGAUACCACGCCGUACUUGGGAGGUCAUCUCAACGCAGAGACUCUUAUCAAGAUCCUUCUUGGUGGUAUAAACCGUCGAGUCGACAGGAAAGGCGGUAGGAGCGUAAUGUCUGGCUGA